AUGGAUUUGAAACAAUGGUUCAAGGAAUACAUGGCGACGGAUGCCGAUUACCUCGAUUCAACUUCUGCCCCUGUCAGGGCCGUGAAAACCGAUGUACUGGAUCUUGAGUGUGUUUUGAAGAAAGAAUACAAGGAUCAUAGCCUUUUGGGUCAGCAGCAGGGAUAUUUAGGUCUUUACAUGUUCAUGGGGACGUUCCAGUCAAUUACCGUUUGA